AUGGCGCUCUGGGAUGUCCCUUCUAGGUCGCGUGUGCAGCUUGACUCGGAGAGCGGGCUGUACCUUCGAUUUGCGUCCUGGUCCUCUAAUUUCGAGGACACCUUCAUGUGGAGCAGUGUCUUGAGCUACGCGCCGCACUGCUUCGGCGGCCAGUCUUCAUCGGCGAUGUUCUCGUGCGAUAGCCGUUACCUGCUCAUACAGGGUGCCCUCCGACUCGAAAGCCCUGGAGAGCAUCCUACUUGUCUCUGGGAUGUCGCGACAGUCAAGCUCAUUCGCAAGUUUGUCGGACACAGCGACUCCGUCAUCUCCGUCGCUUUCUCGCUGGAUGGCAGAUUUAUCGCCACGAGCUCCUUGGAUCACACGGUCAUCAUCUAG